GUAGCCAUGUAUAAAUAGUGUGAUCUCAAAAACACAGACACAACAGCAGGAGUGAUCUAACCUUCUACACCCCCCCAGUAUCGCAGCUUUCGUAAACGUACAACGAACAGAGGACCGACACCAUUAGCGAAAUUUAAAGUGGAUUUCUGUUAUCAGGACCACUCGAGAGACAUGGAAGAACUUACGGCGUUCGUUUCCAAAUCGUUCGACCAGAAAACGAAGGAGAGCAGCAAAGAGAGUAUAACGUACAGGGAAGUUUUGGAGAGCGGGUUAGCGCGAGCCAGGGAGCUGGGCAACUCGGAGACAAACCUCCAGGACAUUACUGAAACGAGCAACCAUUGUCCGGUGCAUCUAUUCAAAGAACACGUAGAGCUGGAUAAAGAAAAACUGAAGGAGUUUAGCGUUUCAAGGGCCUCCGAGGGGAUAUACGAAUGCAAGGAGAAGAAAGAAGAAGUUAAAUCCGAGGACGAAGACGCUCAAAGCAAACUGAAACAGAGACGGAGUAGGACAAAUUUUACUUUGGAGCAGCUGAAUGAACUGGAAAGACUCUUUGAUGAGACGCACUAUCCGGAUGCAUUCAUGAGAGAGGAGCUAAGUCAGCGGCUAGGGCUUUCGGAGGCAAGAGUCCAGGUUUGGUUUCAGAACAGAAGAGCUAAAUGUCGAAAACAAGAAAACCAAAUGCACAAAGGUGUCAUCUUGGGGACGGCGAGCCACUUGGACGCAUGUAGAGUCGCUCCAUACGUGAAUAUGGGAGCCCUCAGAAUGCCCUUUCAGCAGGUACAAGCCCAGCUGCAGCUGGAGGGCGUGGCCCACUCUCACCCGCACCUGCACCCUCACCUGGCGGCCCACGCGCCCUACCUGAUGUUCCCGCCCCCGCCUUUCGGACUACCAAUCGCGUCGCUGGCCGACUCGGCCUCGGCGGCGGCCGCGGUGGCGGCGGCCGCCAAGAGCAACAGCAAGAACUCGAGCAUCGCCGACCUCAGACUUAAGGCAAGGAAACACGCGGAGGCGCUGGGCCUCUGACCCCCUGGACACCUCCCCUCCCGCUGCUCUGAACUCUCAGUAAAUAACCGCUUCCCUCACACAGGACUCUCUACGGGCCUGCGAGAACAAGGCAGAGACACUCACAGAUAAAAAAAAAACAAAAACAAAAACAAACGACUAAAACUGAAAAAAAAAAAACUUAAAAAAAAAAAAAACAUAACCAAGAACAAAUACUGAGCUGAACUGAGAGAGAGAGGAAGGAAGGGAGAGAGAGAGCGAGAGAGAGAGCGAGAGAAAGAGAGAGAGGAGGAGGGGGGGGAAAAAAACUGACACAAAACCAGCUGCCAAAACAACCACUCGUAGGGACGGUAAUUAAACACCAAUGAAAUCACCUUUUUACUUUUCGCCCAACAGGCAGGAGUACUUGGAGGCCUGUGGUUCAGUCCGUUCCAGGCCCAGAUCACGGCCCCGGGACUGUACAAACCAUGUCCGGAUGUCUGUCUGAAAACCUGCCUUUAACACCGGAAGACUUUUAAAAAUAAAUAAAUAAACAAAAAAGAAAUGGGCAAAACAAACUCAGACGUCAGAAAGAAAGAAAAAAAAACAACAAAAAAAAACUAGUGUCUCUGCGGACCCCCGAGACGUUUGGAUGCUCAGCCUGGCGCAAGCGGCCAUGUUUGCCUCCUACCACUGUGCUCCUGACUCCGCCCACUGCAUGCGUUUGACAGGAAGGGGAGAAAAAAAGAAAAAAAAAUAACUUUUUUUUUUUUUUUUGGGGCUGGCCUCCUUUGUGACUGACACACACAUGUGACUAUGUUAUAAUCACUGCCAUGAAAAGAUUCCACUAUAUUCAUCUUCAGAAAAGACUUUUUUUGUUUUCCAUUCAAUCUUUCUAUUCAAGCUGUGUGUGUGUACACGCGCGUAGGAUGCAGCAAAAAGCAGAGCUUUGGUUUUUUUUUUUCAGCAUACACUUGAGUCUUCUUUUCUUUUUUUUGGAGGGAAUUUUGUGUUGCUGUAUUUCUGAUGGGCAUGCGUCUGCAGGAUCAUGUUUUUAUUCUCAUGUUGUGCUCACCUGAUUUUAUUUUUUGUAUUUUUUAAUUGUGCUGUGUCCCGGGGAUAGAAGUGAAAAUAGCUUUUGCACUUCAAGUUGUUUACAAAAUUCAUGCUACUUUUAAAUGCGAGGGUAGAUGGUUAGAGAAAGGGGGGUUUGGUGUCACCAAAAAGGCAUUGAAGUGACACGUGUCAAAGGGAUGAAGGGUAACUGCAAUUAUGUAAUUUAAGAUAUUAAUUCAGCAUCAGUCAAACUGAAAUGCAAUUGUGUGCAGUUAAGUGCAAUACUGUAAAUAUAUAUAAAAAUUAAAAUAGCAGUAAAUUGUUAAUGGGGGGGAAAAUAGUGAUUUUCAGUCGCUUUUUUGACACAGAUGUCAAAUUUCUUUGCCAAACAGAACAUUUUCUAAGAUUUAAAAGUUAUGAAUUCAUUUUCAGCAAUUACAUGCCAUAACUCCUGAUGUUCAAAGGUACGCAAGCCUAGUUUUGCACACAUGCAGAAACAAUAACUUGUUGAGGUAGAUGAGAGCACUUUUGUUUGCUGUUGUUCAGAUUGACAAUAGAUGGACUAGGAUCUGAAAGAGUUCUUUAACAUCUGCUGUAUAGUAUUGACACAAGCAAAACAAUUUUUAGACUCACCAGAAACCAACGAGCCUCACAGUCUCAUUUGAUAUUUUACAAUCUGUUAGAAAUGCGGUUUUAUAUGCCAAAACAAAUAUAUAAGCUGGUUACUACUAAAACAAAAUAUUUUUUUGAUAUCCUAAGAAUACAGUAAAGCAUAGCCUUUAAAAUCAGUUCACAGCACUACCCAAUAAACGCUCAUAAUUUUUCUUUGUAGAAACUUCAUAUAUUUAAAAAACAAGUAACCAAUGAAACAUUUUAAUUAAUUAGUUAUUGCUUGGGAAAAUGCCAAUGAAAUGGAUGGUGUUGUCAAAACUUGUCAAAUACUAUUGAAUUCAAAAAAUGAUCCUAGUAAGGUCUACCUCUAACAGUAUAUUAUUAAUUUCAAAUCAUUUUUCUGGAUCACACACCACCCUUACAAGUAUUAAGCAAUGUUUCCAUGUUAAAUAAUUUCUUGGGUGCAUUUAUUUAUUAUUUUGUUUGAAAGAUUAUAAAUGAAAGUUUAAGUCAAAUUGCGAGUGUACAUUUUACAUGGCUUUGCAUUUAUUUUUAUAUAUUUUAAAAAAUUUUCCUUUUGUAACAGUUGAUCAGAACAUGGUUGGGUGUAGUACAUUUUUUUUAGCAUAAAAUGUUGUGUCUGAGUUUACAAACAUUUCAGGGAUGGUUAAAAAAAAAACUAAAAUACUUCAAACAAGUUUAAAUUCAUUUUAAACUCCAUGGAACUUGUAGCUGUCAUUAUCACAGUUAAGUCACAGUUUCUUUCUUUGUGACUCAUGCAAGCAUGCUUUAAACAUGGUUCGCCAUACAGUUCUGUUACAGCGUGUUUUUUCUGUUGAUUCACACAAUAUGAAUGUACAUGUUGUACAAGUAAACUAUUAAUAAAGUUAUAAAUAUU